GCCUCAACCUUGCCAGAAGAUCCUGGGGAAUGCCGUGUGUUAGCGAGCUUCCGAAGCCACUGAAGCACUUCAUCAUAGUACACUGGUAGCGUCAGUGUUAGCGUGCUGACAGGAGGAAAGAGAUUUCAACGAGAGAAGCGAGGGGCUGCGUGAACGCGAGGAGACGAAAAUCGUGAGUUAGGAUAGGGCGCGUUGAAAGGUCUACGCGGAGUGCUUGCUCCUCCAGCUCCUGCGUUGGCUGGAGUUGCGGUUCUUGUAUGGUACCCUUACCUAGACGUUUCCGUGAGGGGUGAGGUCACGUAAACUAGUGGCGUAUCGUCCAACAAGUGACUGGUGUUCUUUAGGACGUCGAACAGCCUCUCCUAACGUGUUCUUCCCACCGUCGUGAAGCAGCGCCGUUAGUGAGACGCGACGACAUUAUUGAGACGCGACGUCGUUUUUGAGACUCGACGACGACUUGAUUAUGACGCGACGACGUUCCGUAGUCCAACAACCCAUCCGCUCCUCCUUGCGAAAAGGAACGUCAUUUACCUACUAGCUCAUGUGAAAUCCGGCCGGUACCCGUUGUCACUCACACCAUGACGCUACAGCAUCGUUCUCGUUACAGUCAGUCUCGGUACCCGUUGUCGCUCCUCUGCUGCUGCUCUCUUCUCAUCCUCGGCUCAGUCUCAUCUUCCAACGCCGUCCUCGCCCCAUCAAAGAAUCUCGAGCAGCAGCAGAGAGCACCACAGCAGCAGAGAGGACCCGCUGUACAACAGCAACUGCUAGAGCCGUUAGAGCCUAGCUCCCAGCACCAGCUCCUGAGGGAACGGGCCCGGUCGUUACGGGAGAGGCUGGAUGCGGAAAGGACGAACCGCAAAUCGUCCAAGGUCGCCACCAGGCCGACCUUGAGUCAACUCAAGUCCCUUACUGAGGCAUUUCAUAGCGACGAUUGGUGCAGAGGCCUUGCGGAUGGCCACCACGCAGACCCCUUGUCCAGCCCUCCAUACAGUGUCUACUUCCGCUGCUCCAGCCAGGCUCUCGCCGCUCUGCACCACUGUCCACCACACACGCUGUUCGCUGAGGCAGGACUGGGGGAGGUAGCCCUGGGGAAAGCCGGAGAGGAGGAGGGGAAGGAGGGCGCGUGUGUCCCUGAGCAUGAGUUUCGGCGGGUUGCACAGUGGAGGAAAGGCGGUGUCAGCAUGAGCGAGGGUGACGCCAGCUCCGCCUAUCCGUCCGGCGUUCACCGGGUGUCUCUGCAGGAGGUGCUUCCUGUGAGCCGGGCAGUGGGAUUGAAGGCGGAACAGGCAGGAGCGGCAGGGGCAGGAGGGGCAGGAGCGGCAGGGGCAGGAGGGGCAGGAGGGGAAGGAGGGGCAGUGGGAGCGCCAGAGCAAGCAGGAGGUGCGGUUUCACUUCAGCCCUACUCUCCCUCCUCCCCACCGUCCUCCCCUCCGCCCGACCCACAAGCCCUUGUCGAGCUCAACGCGCUCCUCGCGUUCAAGUCCUCCGUACUCGUAUUCAACGACCUUCUGGCAUCCUGGACCGUGCCCCGCUCCGCCACCAAUACCACCGCCGACCCCUACCUCUUCCUCUGCACCUGGCGCUUCGUCACCUGCUCCCCUGCCCGCCCCGGUGUGGCUCAGCGAGUGGUGGGGCUCAGCUUCACCUGGUUCGGCCCGGACCUGGACCAGACGCCCGUGCUCAUGCUCACCCGCAGCUCCGUGGUGCAGGAGAGUUUCAGCAGUGGCGGUGGGGGGAGCGGGGAUGGCACUGGUGGUGGUGAUGUCGGUGGUAGCAGCAGCAGCAGCAGCAGCAGCAGCAGCAGCAGCAGCAGCAUCCCCAGUCUCCCCAGUCUCCCCAGCCUGCCGCUCGUCCCGCAGCAAUUCUCCUCCCUCACUGCCCUCACCAACCUCACCCUCCACAGCAACCGCGACUUCCGAGAAAUGGCCGGGCUCCUAGGCGGAUUCCCCUCCCACCUCGCCUCCUGCUCCUCCCUCCAAGUGCUCUCCCUCUCGGGCCACAGGCUUAUAGGCCCCCUCGCAGACUCCGUCUCCCUCUUCUCCAACCUUCGGCACUUGGAGCUGUCCUAUAAUUUAUUGUCUGGUCCGUUGCCUACUGCCCUGGCCUCCCUUUCCCGCCUCACGAACCUCAACCUGAACGGGAACAAUUUCUCAGGGGAAAUUCCCCUGCAGAUCUCCCGGCUCGGGAAAACCCUCGUGAACCUGAACCUCGGGCAGAACUCCCUUUCGGGCAGCCUGCCCUCCGAGCUCGGGCAGCUAACAAACCUCGGGAACGGCCCCUUCACCUUCCCAUACCCGGGCCUCUACCUCCAACGAAACGUUUUUUCUGGUCCGCUGCCCGAAUCCCUCUCCUCCCUCACUUCCCUUCAAUCCCUAGACCUCUCUUUCAACAGCCUGUCUGGCUCUAUCCCCCAGACAGGCGCGUUCCUCACCUCCUUAACCAAUCUCAUCCUCCUUGACCUAACCAGCAACCAGCUCUCAGGUCCCUUGCCUCUGCAAAACGGCUGUGGCCUUUCCAUGUUCCUCCUCAAGCUUGGCUCCAACAGGUUCACAGGCGGGGUUCCUGCAGACCUCUCGUCCUGCUACAUCCUUUACUCCCUUGACGUGUCUAGCAACCUGCUGUCGGGGCGCCUGCCUUCUGGGUUCUUUGCGUCCCUGGCGGCAACUUCAGUGGGAGAAAUUAGCCUGGCGAACAAUAGCUUCGAGGGGAAUUUACCCUCGGAGGUGGGCGGCAUUGUGUCGCUUUUUCUGCUGGACGCUAGCAGCAACCGACUUUCCGGGAAGCUUCCGGAGCUCAAAUCCUGCCCAUCAAUCAUUUCCCUGGCGAACAAUUCCUUCUCGGGCACUAUUCCGGCAGGGCUCAUCUGCCCGCUCUUAACAAACCUAGAUCUGAGCAACAACUCGCUGUCCGGGGACCUGCCCGAAAUUCUUCUGGGUAGCGCCAGCCGAGCCAAAAAAACCCCACCAGCAUCACCAGCAGCAGCAGCAGCAAUACCAUCAGCAGCAGCAGCAGCAGCAGCACUUCAGCAGGUACCAGACUUUCAAUACCUUUCCCUAAGCUACAACCGGCUCACCGGCCCUCUUCCCCUCACAGGCAAAUGCUCCAAUUUCUCCACCCUCCUCCUCGACUCUAACCUAUUCUCCGGCCCUCUCCACCUCCCCUCCCUCUCCCCCUGCCCUAGACUCCAGACCUUCAACGCCUCCCACAACUCCCUUACAGGCACCCUCGAUACAGUCACAUCCCAGCUUCUCACCUCCCCCAUUUUCACCCUCGGCCUAGCAGGAAACCUCCUGGAAGGUCCCAUUCCAGCCGCCAUCAGAAAUCUGACGUCAGCGCGGGUUAUAGACCUCUCAGAUAAUCAAGUCUCGGGUCCCCUCCCACUGGCACUUAGCUCCCUGGAGCUCCUCCGCUUGCUAAGCGUCAGUGGGAACAACCUUUCCUCUUCCCUCCCGUCAGACCUUGGUUCACUCUCCCUUCUCACCUAUCUUGACGUCAGCAGGAACGCCUUUUCCGGCCCAAUUCCCCCCCAGCUCGCCCCUCCGUUCCUCCACCACCUCCAUUACCUUAACCUCUCCCGAAACCAGUUCUCCAGCUCCAUCCCGUAUGGCUUCUCCACCAGUAAUACCUCAGCCACAGCCCUCGAUUUCUCCUACAACACUCUCUCCGGCCCGAUUCCCUUGAACACCACCACCACUGCCACCACUGGCACCCCCCUCCCUCCAUCCGCGUUACAAGGCAACCCGGAUCUCUGCGGGGGGUUCGGGUACGCUCCCUGCCCCGCCCCUGCUUACGACAGCACGGGGGGGCUGUCGGCAGGGGGGAUUGCGGGGAUUGCAGUGGGGUGCGCAGCGUUCUUCACGGUGGCGCUGCUGCUGCUGUGGGCGUGGCUGUUUGCGCGGCGGCAGCGGCUGCAGAGCCUGGACGGCGGCACGAUGCUGGUGUUUGAGAAGCUGAGCUUUAAGAUGACGGUGCAUGACGUGGUGGACGCCACGGAGGACUUCAGCAACAAGUUCCUGCUGGGGAGGGGAGGCUUUGGAUCCGUGUACAGGGCCACACUUCAAGACGGCAGGACGGUGGCCAUCAAGCGUCUAGCCCUGGGCAGCAGCCAGGGGCAGCGGGAAUUCGAAGCCGAGAUGAACACCCUCGGCAACGUGCGCCACCGCAACCUAGUCGUCCUAGUAGCCGCAUACCUCUCCCCGCCGCCCGCCCAGGAGCGCCUUCUAAUCUACGACUACCUCUCAGGAGGCUCCUUAGACCAGGUCUUAGCCCGCGAGAUGGGUAAAGACUCGCCCAUGCGAAGCUGGGCUGUAAGGAGGAACAUCUUAGAGGGUACGGCUCGGGCGAUGAAGUACCUUCACCAGGACUGCACCCCGGGGAUCAUUCACAGGGAUAUGAAGCCCGCUAAUAUCCUCUUAGACCAGAAUAUGGAGGCGAAAGUGGCGGAUUUUGGGCUGGCGAGGGAGGCGGAUGCGAGCCGGACGCACAUGAGCACGAGCGUGUUUGGGACGGUGGGGUAUUUGGCGCCCGAGUACUCGCAGCGGGGGCGGUUGUCGUUCAAGAGCGACGUGUUUGCGUUCGGCGUGCUCGUGCUGCAAGUGAUUACCGGGAAGCAGCCCACGGAUGGUGACGUGGCGGAACGAGGUCUAGCGAGGUGGGUGGGCAUGCACACUGUAGCCUCGUUCGUCGACGAGAGGAUCGACGACGCCUUGCUGUACGAGGACGAGAUCAUGGGCGUUGUGACCCUUGCGCUGCAGUGCACGCAGACUGUGCCCGCAGACCGGCCCACCAUGGCGGAAGCCCUGGAGGUGCUGGAGAACCUGCAUGCCUUUGCCAAGGGCAUCCGCAUGGGGAUGGAUGCCAAGGAGGUGGAGUGAGGGGGGUGUAUGACUUUAGAGUUAAGAGGGCACAAUAGUGGGGGGGCCACUGGAGGUGCUGGAGAACCUGCACGCGUUUGCCAAGGGGAUUCGCAUGGGGAUGGAUGCCGAGGUGGAGUGAGGGUAGGAGGUUGGGGGAUAAGAGGUGUUUUGGGGAGGUGGAAUGAGGGGGGUGUGUGACUAGAAAGUUAGAGGGCACAAUAGUGGGAGAGGAGACGUCCGUCCUCGCGCCGCAGUGCACGCAGACUGUGCCUGCUGAUAGCCCCACCAUGGCAGAGCCGUGGAGGUGCUGGAGAACCUGCACGCCUUGGCUAACGGGAUUCGCAUGGGGAUGGAUGCGAAGGAGGAGGAGUGAGGGGGGUGUAUGACUUGAAGUCAGAGGGCAAUGUAGGGGGUGAAUUGCUGGAAGUUAGAGGGCACAAUUGCGGGGGAGGUCUUGGCGCUCGAGGGCACAUUAGUGGGGAAGGUCUUGGUAGGUACUGCAGUGCACUCAGACUGUGCCCGUGGCUAAACGGUGGAAGGCAAACAAGCCGGCGCUGGCGGGGAACGCUGUGUGUGUGUCUUGUCUGCACAUCCCAAACGCUGAUGUCUGCCAGGGAUCCGCAUCUGCAAGAGCCCCCACCUGCUAUUGAUCUGUGUUUGUGUAUAAUAGCCUGUAAUUCUCUCUUCCCUCUUCUCUCUCUCCCCCCCCCCCCCCCCCCCCACUCCCCCCCCCACAUGAUUUUAUACAUUGAUGCUAAUAUACCUUGCUCGAGCUAGGAACAUUGGUUUUUAUAAGGGUGGAUUCCUAUGACCUCGCGUCCCACCACCUCACGUCAGACUCAUGUGGUCCUGCGCGGUGCACAGGCUUGAUCUAGCUGUUAAACAAGCUAGAUAAGGAGAGGAGGAUGUCAAACAUGUUUAGUUAUCAUGCUUGUAUAGACUGUAUAGGGUUAUCUUCUAGAGAGUACAACAUUUAGGUAUAUGUUUGUGUACUCUCUCUCACUAUUCAUCAAUU